AAAACCUUAGACUAAGAAAAACCCUUUGGGAAAAAACCUAGCUAAGGGAAAAAGAGUACAACCGAAAGCAUAAUCACUAAAGACGGGUUUGUCCUGGUUGUUUCCGGUCGUCGAGCGAUGGAUCAUUUAGCGGGUUUUGUUCACAUCUUUUCCAUGGUUUGGAGAUGGGUCUUCCCUUGGUGAUACCUUGGUCGUUGACGGACCAAUCAAGUUUUCCACGGCUGGGGAUGAGGAAGGUAGCACAUACGAAUCACCGAGUGGUUGACUUGACCAGGCGGAUCCAGACCAAAUGGGGUGAUUGUUACCGGUCAGCUGAGUGAUUUUUAUGAUUUGACCACCUGCGUGUAUAUUUCCUCCAGUUUGAUACUUUGGACUUGCCAAGAACAAUGCUCCCACUACUAGUCUUACAUGACCCAUUAGCCUUUUUGGAUCAACCCACUUUCUCAAAAAACCCAAAUUUUUUGUAUAAAUAUCCUCCUACCAUCUUCACUUCACCAUCAAGACAUUCCUAAGCUCUCAAUCAAGUGUAUCAUCAAUCACCUCCAAAGCUACCAAGACCAAGCAGCAUGUCGCAAGACAAAAAAUGGUGUAUGCGCGACUAUGACAGCGAUGAUGAGGAUGUUAGUGCGUCUGAGGAAUCGAGUAAUUCUGACGAUGCGCCCCAAGCUCGUUCGCACGUUACCCCGCGAUCCAAGCGUUCAAAAAUUUCAUCAAAGAAUUUUGAGGUUCAACUAGGCGAAGGUACCUCCCAUAAUCCCAAAGAACUCUCAAGAAGUCAAACUGGAGUAUCACGUGACUAUGUCGACUUGGAUUCCGAUGGUGCUCGUAUCGUUGGAAUUGAUUUUACCGACAAAGAGGUAGAACAACUCAAGAAGCUAAUUGGAAAGGGGAUUUCUUACUCAAUUGAUCGUCGUCCUUCCAACAUCAUUGAUUGCCACCAAAAGAAUUGGGUAGGUGUGCAUUUUGAUUCCUUGAAAGCCGGUUUGCGCAUCCCCUUUGACCCGUUCCUUGUUGACUUCGUGAAUUAUUACGGCAUAGUUCCAGGUCAGAUAGCACCCAACGCACACCGUAUUCUUGCAUGCUACCCUCAGAUUUGCAAACGUCACCAAGUGCCUUGUACACUAGAACUCUUCAAUUUUCUCCAUCUGGUAAAGUGCAUGGGGAAGAACCAUCGCAACGGUUUUGUCAUUAUCCAAUGUCGUGGGACGGCUGGGAAAGUUUCUGACUUGCCUGACAACAACCGUAGAUGGAAAGAGAAAUUUCUUCGGGUUCGUUUGGAUGGUGAUCUUCCUUUUAAAAAUGAAUGGUCUCGUCGGAUGCGUAAGUGCGUGGUACCCCCUGAGACUCCAGAGAUUCACAUUGCUGUUGAGAAGAUUAAGUCUGAAUGCUAUUCUUGGGAGAUUUACCACUCCGCAGAGGCUUUUGAUGCAGCUCGACUCCCUGCUCCAAUUUACGGGGCCCAAGGUUGGAUCUUAAACGGUUAGCACAUGUCUCCCCUUUUAAUCUUUGAUUCCUCACACGUUUUGUUAUUUCUUAUUGACAUCCAGGAGCGCCGGAUAUUGAUCCUGAAUUAAAGGAACUGCUAGGUGCAGGCGCAAGCGGGAGUAGUCGACCUGGAUUGCCAAAGAUUAUUUUGAAAAAGAAAUUUGUACC